AUGUACAGAUCUCAAUUGAUUAAAUCUACUACUAGACAAUCCCAAUAUACCCUUAGAUUCUUAUCUUCCACUACUCAAUUGUCCAAGUGGAACGAUAUUCCUUUGGCCCCUCCUGAUAAAAUCUUGGGUAUCACCGAAGCUUUCAUCAACGAUUCAAACCCAAAGAAAAUCAACUUGGGUGUUGGUGCUUAUAGAGAUAAUUCCGGUAAACCAAUCAUUUUCCCAUCAGUUAAAAAAGCUGAAGAAAUCUUGUUGAGUAAAGAAACCGAAAAGGAAUACACUCCAAUUAUCGGUUCUAAAAAUUUCCAAUCUAUUGUCAAAAAUUUCAUUUUCAACAACUCUGGGAAAGACGCAAAUGGUAAACAAUUGAUUGAUGAUGGUAGAAUUGUCACUUCUCAAACCAUCUCUGGUACUGGUUCUUUAAGAGUUAUUGCUGAUUUCUUGAACAGAUUCUAUUCUUCCAAAAAAAUCUUGGUUCCAAAACCAACUUGGGCUAAUCAUGUUGCUGUUUUCAAAGAUGCUGGUUUAGAACCUGAAUUUUAUGCUUAUUACGAAACUUCUAAAAAUGAUUUGGAUUUCGACAACUUGAAACAAUCUUUAACCAAUGCUCCAAAUGAAUCAAUUGUUUUGCUUCAUGCUUGUUGUCACAACCCAACCGGUAUGGAUUUGACUUCUGAACAAUGGGAUGAAGUUUUACAAAUCGUCCAAGAUAAAAAAUUAUUCCCAUUAGUUGAUAUGGCCUAUCAAGGUUUUGCUAGUGGUAAACCAUUUGAAGAUAUUGGCAUGAUUAGAAAAUUGACUCAAUUGGCUAAUGAAAACAAAAUCCCAUCAUUUGCUUUAUGUCAAUCAUUUGCUAAAAACAUGGGUCUUUAUGGUGAAAGAACUGGUUCUAUUUCUAUUAUUACUCCAUCAAGUGAAUCUUCAAAAGCUGUUGAAUCUCAAUUGAAAAAAUUGAUUAGACCAAUGUAUUCUUCUCCUCCAAUCCAUGGUUCUAAGAUUGUCGAAGUCAUCUUUGAUGAAUCCUCUGGUUUAUUACCUGAAUGGUUACAAGAAUUAGACAAUGUUGUUGGUAGAUUAAACACUGUCCGUUCUAAAUUAUAUGAAAAAUUGGACAAAUCAAACUACAACUGGGAUCAUUUGUUGAAACAAAGAGGUAUGUUUGUUUACACCGGUUUAUCUCCAGAACAAGUUAUUAGAUUAAGAAAUGAAUAUUCCGUAUAUGCUACUGAAGAUGGUAGAUUCAGUAUUUCUGGUAUUAAUGAUAAUAAUGUUGAUUAUUUGGCUAAUGCUAUUAAUGAAGUUAUCAAAAAAUAA